CUUCUGAGCCCAGGAAAAAAAGGAAACUUGCCCCCUGCUGCUGCUCUGCGGGGAUGAAGCCAUGACUGCAGAGAAUCCUAGGAAGAGACUUCGAUAUGAAGCAUCUUGCCCCAUUUGCCUGGACUACUUUGCUGACCCGGUGACUCUGGAGUGCGGGCACAAUUUUUGCCAAACGUGCAUCAUUCGAUGUUGGGCACAGCCUGGCACGGAGGCCACCUGCCCCCAGUGCAGAAGGUCUACAGAGAGGAACUUCAACCCAAACAGGCCUCUAGCAAAUAUUGCAGAAAUACUCAGUGGGUGGGAAUUGUCUGCAGAAAGAGAGGUAGGGGCAGGUAGGGUAGAAUGCGAGAGGCACCAGGAACCAUUGAAGCUCUUUUGCAAGGACGAUGGAGUCCCUAUCUGCGUGGUGUGUGACAGGUCCCGGGAGCACAGAGAUCACAAUGUGGUCCCGGUAGAAGAAGCUGCUCAGGAGUACAAGGAUCACAUCUGUAGCCACCUCAAGAUUCUGAAAAAGGAGAGAAAGAAGAUUCUGGCAUAUAAAGCAGACACCGAAAAUGAAAGCAAAGAUCUGCUUGUAAGUGUCGCUGUAGCUGGGAAGUGA